AUGCAUGAUGUGAAGUUAUAGUCGACACUUACAGCACCUCGGCUCUUGCUGUUCUUUGAUUGUCACUGUGUAGCAUAUGCUGCUGCGUCUGCCAAGCGUCAAGAUGCGAUCGAUCAUUCUAUUUAUCGCCAUAUGUGCUUCGUGGAUAUCACUCACCGUAGCUGUGCGACCUAAUAUCCCGAGGCCUCCAGCUUCUGCAGCGCCAGCAGCCUUCGAAUACUCGACCGGAUGGUUUGACCAGCUCUUAGACCAUGAUAAACCAGAGCUGGGUACAUUUAGACAACGUUACUUCUACAGUACACAGUACUGGAAAGGAUCUGGAUCUCCCGUUAUCUUGUUCCAGCCAGGAGAGCAAACGGCCGAUGGGUUUCAAGGAUAUCUGACCAACGUCACAAUCAGUGGUGUAUAUGCACAGGAAUUCGGCGGAGCAGGAAUCAUUCUUGAGCACCGCUACUGGGGCGAAUCCUCUCCGGUUAACACAUUGACGCCCAAGACUAUGCAGCAUCUCACGUUUAAGAACGCACUUGCCGAUGCGGUCCACUUUGCGAAGAAUGUGAAGCUUCCAUUUGAUAACUCUACCCGGAGUAGCCCAAAAAAUGCUCCAUGGAUCCUCGUUGGCGGCUCAUACAGUGGAGCACAAGCUGGCUGGACUGCAGCAACCCUACCUGGGACCUUUUGGGCCUAUCACGCAUCCAGUGCGCCUGUAGAAGCAAUAUGGAAUUAUUGGCAAUACUUUGUCCCUAUACAACAACGGCUACCAAAGAAUUGUAGCACUGAUCUAGUCAAUGUCAUCGAUCACAUAGAUUCCAUCCUAACCGGAUCAAAUGAAAGCGCCAAAGAUGAUUUGAAGAGAAAAUUCAUGUUGGGGGAUCUUAGAGACGAUGAUUUUGCUGCAGCGAUUGUGGGUGGCCCUUACCUUGGCCAGACAACGAGUUGGGGUCCAUCUGGAGUUAUUUAUGAGUUCUGUGACUAUAUCGAGAACGUCCACGCCACUCCGCCAGCCAAUGUUAGUUCCUCCGGAGUUGGCGUCACCAAAGCUUUGGAAGGUUACGCCCAGUGGUGGACUACUACCUUCUUCCCCGGAACUUGCGCCUCUUACGGUUACUGGACAGACCAAUAUGAAACAGCUUGCUAUGAUACCUAUAACAGCUCAAACCCACUCUACGCGGAUAGGUCAAUCAAUAAUGUGGCGGAUCGACAGUGGAUAUGGUUUUGCUGCAAUGAGCCAUUUGGUGCUUGGCAGGAUGGCGCUCCUGAUGGAGUCCCGUCCAUUGUCUCGCGCCUCGUAACGGCGGACUACUACUUGCGAACUUGUGGAACGUACUUCCAGCCGGAUGAUGGGUACACAUAUGCCAGCGCUGAUGGCAAACGGCCCGACUUUCUGAAUUCCUGGACACAAGGUUGGACUGGAACAACUGAGCGUGUGAUAUGGGCCCAGGGUCAAUAUGAUCCUUGGCGCGAGGAGACCAUAUCAUCAGACUUUCGUCCCGGUGGUCCGGCAAUUUCCAGCCAGGUUAAUCCCAUUUAUAUUAUGCCUGAGGCCAGCCAUUGCUAUGAUUUGCUAUGGAGGAAUGGCGAGGGGAACUCCGGCGUCCGCGACGUUCAAAAAAAGGAAGUGGAGCAAAUGAAGGCCUGGAUCGACGAGUGGGAUGUGUCUAUCCACAAGCACGUACGUAACACCUAGGUAGACAGGUUGAUCUUAUAACUGGCUUCCUUCUGUAAAACGAUGUCAGCGCGACCUAUUGUCGCCCACGCCGUCUGUUGCGCUUCCGAGCUUGGAUACAUCUAGCUAUAAGAUCAAUAGUCAAUUGAGGUUAUAUCGAGGGCUACUUACAUACUUCUCUAUGCUCGUGACACGACUCAUCGUUGGG